UCCAUUACACUUCCGUUUUUGUGUCAAGAUUAAUUUGUGCCCCAUGUUUGUGCUAGGAAAAUAUUCCGAUAGUCACUGCUCAUGAUUGUCUAGUUUUGGAUAUAAAAAUAAUUCACUUAACACUGAUGUUACUAACAAUUGGCUGACUAGUAAAAAUAACUUUUGCAGAGAACUAUUAAUCAAGUAUGAACACUGAAGAGGAAACUUCCAUGCAAGCUGAGACAGUUGAAAUAAAAAAGGAAAGUGUCGGUGGUAACGAAAACUUUGUAGUGUUGGACAUGGCAGGGGACUCAGAGGAUUCAGACAAAGAUGAUAAGACUGUUAAAGUAGACACCAGAGAUAAAAGUCAGAGAAAUAGUGGCUCAGACAAUGGAGGAAAAGCUUCAAAUGCUGAUUCAUCUAAAGCUGGUGCCUCAAACUCAAGGUUACGGAAAAAACCAAAGGCCCCAGUCGUCGAUGUCAACAGCCUUAGAAAACGUAAAUGGCAGUUAAAAGUGUAUCCACUUCAUGCAGAAGACUUGCAGUUGAACUAUAUGAGCAUACUGUGUAAGUUGGCUUCAGAAAGUCUUCUGUACAUUCCCAGUGAAGGAAGACACGGUAAAGCAGAGCUUUAUGUUGCCACUCAGAAGGAAACUGCUGCCAUCAUUGGCAAGCUUCUUAGAAUGGGAUUUCACCACAACCUGUUGAGUAUCGAGGUGGUUAGAAAAGACACAGGUGGCAAGGAAGAUGGAGAUGAUUCGAAGAAGGAGUGUAAAGCAUUUCUAAUGUUUGACAAGUUCCUCUCUAAAAAGAUUUUUGAUGCCAAAGGUGAAAAGGGAACCCUGAUUGAGAAAACUGUCACAUUAAACAAGCUGCCCCGGGCGGCCACCAAAGAUUUCAUCGGUGCAAUUUUCCCCUUUGCCACUGAAAUUGAAAUAAUUGAGAGCGACAAUCCAGAUGAACGCAAGGCAACAGUCAAAUGUAAAACUCCAGUAACAUCUUUAUUGGUGUACAAGUCCUUCAAACGUCUAGAGAUAAAUGAUGUCCAUGUUAAACUGUCUGUGGAUGAGUUAGUUAAAGCAAUUACUCUGCCACCUAUGUUCUUCAUUCCCACACCUAACAAGAAAGAUACUGGACCACCAGAUUCUAUUGAAAGCCUAAACCAAAGUUCACUGCCCAGAAGGCCCAUAAUGUCAUCUCUCAACAGACGUGUUCAACAGAUCAAAAAGAGGGCAAUGAUGACCAGAAAGAAACCAACCAGAGGUCAGCUGAUGAGAGGACAGAGAAUGAACCAGGGAAUGGAUGAUGGAGGGGAUGGUCCUAGAGGACAAGGUGGACGACAUUCCUUAUCCAGACGUGGAGAAGGACGAUUUGGUACAGAUCCUAAAAAUCAUGGGCCUGGCAGCAGAGAUUAUCCAGGUGGACCUGGCCGUCGCAGAAUGAAUGAGCGUCAGAAUGAUAGACGAAAUAGAGAUAGAGAUUCUCGUGACAGGGGUUCUAGGAGAAAUGAUAGAGAAGAAAGCCAGGUCACCAAAGAAAUGUUGCAGCUUCAAAACCAGUUGAAUCAAGCCAUAAAGAAUCAAAUAGCCAUGCUAAGCACAGCUCAGACAAGUGGAGGGCACAAUUUCUCUCUUCCUGGUUCCUCACACAGAACGUCACUGCUUGGCCAUGCACCAAGACAUUUUGGUGCAACUCCUGAAAUAGGAUUGGGCAGCUCUAGGGCUAUUGAUCCUCAUUCAAGUGAAUUUGGUGGAAGUUCUUGGUCAGGAGACAGAAGUAGCAGAAUAGACAACAGAGCUGGGGACAGAACAGAUGAUAGAGUUGAAAGGUUAGGAAGAGCUGGAGGAGAUCGCAUUGAUCGACCCAACAGACCUGAUAGGGUCGUAGAUAGAAGUAAAAGAGUAGACUUGAACAGACAAAUGGACAGUCGGCCUGAUAGACUUGACAGGGGCAGCCGUGACAGAGCAGAGCGGUCUGACCGGAACAGCUCUGGUGCUGAUUUGUCUCGUCAAGCACAGCGCUCUCAAAGAAAUGUGUCAGCAUUCAGUAGUGUGGGAACCAGUGGAGAAAGUGGUCGCACAAAAGACAGAUCAUCCAUUAAUUCAGCUUCUGAAGCUGCCAGAGGAGGCAGUCGAGGUCAGAGAGGACCUGAAUAUCCCGGUACUAGCAGAGUGAGUCAAAGAAAUGAUGGAUCCUACAGUUCUGCUUCUCAUUCUCAGAGUGUUCCUAAUCGUUACAGUGAUUUUUCUGCUCCAGUUGAAGGGGAUGGCAAUUAUUAUAGACGGUAUUAAAAACACUGCAUAAUGGAUUUUUAAUUGUGUCAUUAUUCAAAUUUGUACUUUUUUUUUUAUUUAAUAAAGUGAACUUUGACCGAUUUUGGAUGUAAAUUGUAUGUAUACUUAAGAUUGUUUAUGUGUGUGUUAAUGUGUAAAAGUGAGAAUGAUGUUUGGCUUGUAUAGCUUAUAAGUUUGCAAAUUAUUUUUUUUCACAAGUUUUAUUGUUUACUUUUAAAUUUUAGAUAUUGUAAAUGAUGUUAGUAACUUUAUUUCUCCAUUAAAAGUUUUUUUUAAUCA